GCGUGUAUAGUAUAAAUUGUUGUUAGAAUAAGGAUUCUCCGUCCUUUUCCUCCUUCCAUUGGCAAAAGAAAGCGAGGAUGGAAGGAGGAGAAAGUUCAGGUCUUAAAUCUCAUCUGAUUAGGACCCAGGAAAGAAGCCAUGAUCUGGAAGAAGAAGAAGAAGAUUGUUGUAGUCGUGGAGCAAAUUUUGUUGAAGAAGCAAAAAUGCAACUACGGCUGUCGGGGCCUCUUAUAGCGGUUAGUAUGUUGCAGUACAGCUUACAGGUGAUAUCAGUCAUGUUCAACGGUCAUCUUGGACAGCUGCCUCUUUCCGGUGCUUCCAUGGGGUCUUCCUUUGCUUCAGUCACUGGUUUCACUGUCCUCCUAGGAAUGGGAAGCGCAUUGGAGACGCUAUGCGGGCAAGCCUAUGGAGCGAAACAGUACCACAUGCUUGGCGUUCACACGCAGCGAGCAAUGCUAACCCUCCUGGCCUUGAGCUUUCCUCUAGCACUGAUUUGGUAUUAUACGAGCACCAUUCUCAUAGCUCUAGGCCAAGACCACGAAAUAUCAACUGAAGCUGGAGUUUUCAAUUGUUGGAUGAUCCCAAGCCUUUUUGCCUAUGGCCUCCUUCAAUGCCUGAACAGAUUUUUACAGACCCAAAACAAUGUUGUUCCUAUGCUGAUAACCUCUGGAUUCACAGCUUUGCUACACGUUUUUGUUUGCUGGGUUCUUGUGUUCAAAGUCGGACUUGGGAUAAAAGGAUCUGCCUUGGCAAUUACCAUUUCCAAUUGGGUUAAUGUGCUUUUGUUGGCAAUUUAUGUAGAAGUUUCUCCAGCUUGCAUGAAAACUUGGACUGGUUUUUCAAAAGAAGCCCUGCAUGAUGUUCUCAGCUUUAUAAAGCUAGCUGUUCCUUCAGCAAUCAUGAUAUGCUUCGAAUAUUGGUCCUUCGAAAUGGUUGUUCUCUUAUCCGGUCUUCUCCCAAAUCCAAAAUUAGAGACAUCUGUGUUAUCGAUAAGCCUUAACACAUGUUGGAUGGUUUAUAUGAUCUCUGUUGGACUUGGCGGUGCUAUAAGUACAAGAGUGUCAAAUGAAUUGGGUGCUGGGUGCCCCAGUGGGGCGCGCUUGGCUCUUUCUGUCAUGAUCAUAGUGGCCAUCUCAGAGGGUGCAGCUGUGGGAAUUACUACAAUUCUGGUGCGCAAUGUUUGGGGAAAGUUGUAUAGCAACGAAGAAGAGGUGAUCAGAUACGUUGCUAAAAUGAUGCCACUGCUUGCACUAUCAGACUUCUUGGAUGGAUUCCAAUGUGUACUUUCAGGGGCUGCUAGAGGAUGUGGGUGGCAAAAUCUAUGUGCAUUUAUAAAUCUUGGCGCUUACUAUGUUGUGGGAAUACCUUCUGCUGUGCUCUUUGCUUUCAUCUUCCAUUUUGGAGGCACAGUGGGUCUCUCCUCUCUUCUCUCUUCUCUCUCUCUCUGUCUCUCUCUUUGCUAUUCAAGCUGUCUCUCUCUUUGCUAUUCAAGCUGUGAAAUUGGUGUUAAGCAGGGGCUUUGGAUGGGAAUCAUAUGUGGACUUUCUGUUCAAGUUGUGGCACUUGUUAUAGUAAACGUAUGCACUGAUUGGAAUCAAGAGGCGAUGAAAGCUGUGCGUGGUGUUCAGAAAAUCAUAAUUAUUAAUGUGGAACAGUAGAUUUGGUUUCCACAACAAACCAAGAAAACAAAUUGAUGAUACAUAUAAUUCUCUUUUCAAGGAAAGAAAAAUUAUGCACUUCUGGUGGAAAAUAAAAGCUUGAUAUAUGAUAUAUUGAUAUAUCUCUCA